AUGCCUAACAAAUGCUAUCUCUUGAGCCAGUUCUACAACUUUAGGUUUGAUCCCUCAUCUGAUUUGGAAGAAAACCUUGACAGAUUCACAAAACUGAUUGAGGACUUAGCAAAUUGUCAUGAAAAACUUUUUGAUGAUCAACAAGUUGUUGCUCUACUAAAUUCUCUUAGUGAUAAAUAUAAGGAUAUCAGAAUUGCCCUUGAAUAUGGAGGGCAAGAUCUUACGUUUGAAAUAAUAACAUUAGCCCUAAAAAAUAAAGAUCUUGCGCUGAAAAUUGAAUCAAAAGACUCCAAAUAUGGGGAAGGGUUGCACAUAAAGGAUAAAUGGAAUCCUAUUAAGAAACCACCCACAUAUAACUUCAAUCUCCAUAAGAAAGGAAAACUCUUCAGAAUUUCAAAUUCAAAAAGAAGCAUAAAACGCAUGUGA